GAAAUAUCUAACCUUGUGUAACCAGGUCCGUUCCUUGGAGGGCUGUAAGAUGACAAAAGAAAAACCAGGUUUCCUAACUCCAAAAGCUAUAUCAAACAGAAUCAAAUCGAAGGGACUGCAAAAACUGCGAUGGUACUGUCAGAUGUGUCAAAAACAGUGCAGAGAUGAAAAUGGUUACAAAUGCCAUACGAUGUCGGAGUCCCACCACAGGCAAAUGAAACUUUUUGCCGAAGACGGUGGAAAGUUCAUCAGCAGUUUCUCUUCUGAUUUUUUGAAAGGAUACCUCGACAUACUACGUCGACAGUUUGGUGGGAAACGCGUGCAUUCCAAUGUCGUUUAUCAAGAAUAUAUCAAAGACAAAGAACAUAUACAUAUGAAUGCGACGAGAUGGCAUACACUUACAGGACUGUGCAUGUGGCUUGGAAAACAGGGAAUUUGCAAGGUAGAUGAAACUGAGAAAGGGUGGUUUAUCGAAUACAUCGAUCGCGACCCAGAAAAGUUGAAAAAACAAGAACAGAGUGAGCGUUUGGAAAAGACAGAAGAUGAAAUCAACAAACAGUUUCUAGAGCGUCAAAUAGAACACAAUAUCAACAAAGUUGAACAAACGGAAGGUCCCGUAUACACUCCUCUCAUCCGCACCAAUGAAGAUGAACCAAUUAAAUUGGAGAUUUCUUUGUCUCAAAAAAAGCCACCUGUCCAGGUGAUGAGCACAGAGAUUGAUCCUUCCCCAAGUUCUUCGGAGGAAAAACCUACUCAAAGUCUUAUGACGUUGGGUCCGAAAAAGGAAAGAACUGCAAAUCCACUCUUGAUUGCUGAGAAAAAAGCACGUGAAGAAAAAUCCAAAUCUAGUUCUGAAAAGAAGCAAGACACACGUACUACAGCAGUUUCUGGAGUUCGUCGACGUGCCUUGGAUGAAUUAAUGGAAAAAGAAGAAGCUCUUAAAGACAAGAGAAAUCGAAGAGAUUACUGGAUGACGGAAGGGAUUGAAGUCAAGCUAAUCAAUCGCAAACUUCCUGAUGAUCUACGUUGGAGACAUGCCACAGUUUUGAAGAUGCUGGAUAAUUACACGUGCUAGUUUACAUAGUCAGACAACAUAUUCCUCCAUUUUGAGGAAUGAAACAAUUGACCUUAUCUUUCGCGAUAGUUCCAAGUCUACUGUUGUUUGUAUAUUUCUCAAUGUAGGUUUCACUCUAUAUAUCCUAAAGUGAGUUUAGCUCCAUAAUUAACAAGUCGGAAAUCUUUUAUAAUGGCUAAUGUAAAGAUCAUCAAAUUUCUGUAAUCAGUUUGGGAUACUAUACUUCUGUGAAUCAGGCUAUCGUACGGACAGUGGAAUGUCACACAAAGAUCAAAGUGGAUCAAAAUCACGUUCAAACUGUUAUUCCUGAACCAUCAUCAACAGUUCUUAUUGUUAAUGGCGCAUACCGAGGAGAGUACGCUACGUUAGAGCAAGUUUUUAAAGAAAAGAAUAUGUGUGAAAUAACAGUGAUGACCGGUCUGUGUAUGGGUCGUCUGGUUAAGAACGUUUCUUUGGAUGAUAUUUGCAAAUUGUCAGAAGCAAGACAGGAACGGUAGAAUUGUUUUCAGUUGUCCUUAGUAAUAUAGACUUCUGUUGUUCAUUUAUAAUGUACAGUACUUCCAAAUAACAACCAGAUAUUUUUCUCAUGUUGUUGUUAAUUAAAAACAAGGUUCAUUUUUGAUCAGUUUUAAGAUUCGUAUCACUUUUUUUUCAAGAUAACAAAUAUAUUUAAAAAACAACUGA